UCGCAGGAGGUCGGGGGCCGCGGUUACUAAAAGUAGAGUCCAGGAACCCCCAGAGGGUGAUGCCUAGGCCAUCCAGCGUUGUGUUCAAGGCGACUCAAUAUCAGGUGUAAGGCAAAAGAAGAUUGCGCUAAAUAACCGAGGACUGAUUCUCCUGUCUGUGUUGUGUGCCUGCAUUGUUCUGGGCCCUCGGUUCAUCAUUGCCUUGUGACGCCGGUUGCGUUAUUUUAAAACAACCAGUUGCAAAGAAAAGGCUUUUGAAGAUGCCCAUUGAAAAUAUGGAGGAACAGGGGCUGGAGAAGAACCCCAAGCUUGAGAUAUCUCAAUGGAUCUUCAGUUUGACAAUUCCAUCACUAAAGAACGAUCCGAUUAUAAAGAAAAAGCUCAUGGAGGCCAUCAAAGAAGAUUAUAUGGCUCCUCUGUAUGAGCAUGUGUGCAAACAGCUGGGUUGGAAGGUGGAUGCUGCACUGCUGAAGUCCAUGCAGGAGCACAAUGCCACCCGGCUGAAGGAGCUUGAUGACAAGAUCGAUGAUGCAGAGAAGAAUCUGGGCGAGAUGGAGGUGCGGGAGGCCAACCUGGCCAAGUCGGAGCACCUCUGCCGCAUCGGAGAUAAGGAUGGCGCCAUCUCAGCCUUCCGUAAGACGUACGACAAGACGGUGUCGCUCGGGCAGCGGCUGGACAUCGUCUUCCACCUCAUCAGGAUCGGCCUCUUCUACAUGGAUAACGAUCUCAUCACCAGGAACAUCGAGAAGGCCAAAAGCCUGAUCGAGGAGGGCGGAGACUGGGACCGCCGGAACCGGCUGAAGGUCUACCAGGGCGUCUACUCGAUGGCCGUGCGCGACUUCAAGGCCGCCGCGCAGCUCUUCCUCGACACUAUCUCCACAUUCACAUCGUACGAGCUGAUGGACUACGUCACCUUCGUCAAGUACACCGUGUACAGUAGCGUCAUCGCGCUGCCGCGCCAGGAGCUGCGCCAAAAGGUUGUGAAGGGCUCGGAGAUCCUGGAGAUCCUGCACGGCGAGCCCAGCGUGAGGGAAUUCGUGUUCUCCCUCUACGAGUGCCGCUAUGGCGACUUCUUCAAGGCGUUAGCGUCUGUGGAAGAGGUGCUGAAGCGCGACCGGUACCUGGCGCCGCACGUCUUCCACUACGUCCGUGAGAUGCGCAUCAUGGCUUACUCGCAGCUGCUGGAGUCUUACAACAGCCUCACCCUGCAGUACAUGGCCAACGCCUUCGGAGUCUCCGUCGAGUUCAUCGAUAAGGAGCUGGCGCGAUUCAUCAACCUGGGCCGGCUGCACGCCAAGGUCGACAAGGUCGGCGGCGUGGUGCAGACGAACCGGCCCGACUCCAAGAACUACCAAUACCAGAACACCAUCAAGCAGGGUGACAUCCUGCUCAACCGUAUACAGAAGCUGUCCCGGGUCAUCAACAUCUAGCGCCGUCCGUAGCGGCGGGGCCGCCGGCGGUGCACUCCGAACUGUCUGCGCCCGGGCGGACGGGACGACGUCGCGACAGUAUCGUGUCGUAUCGCGUCGUAUUGCGUCGUAUCGCGUCGUGUGGUGUCGCGGCGCCCGGUCGGCGGCGCCGGCGGCGCCCCGCGGCCGCUCGCCGGCGGCCGCCAUUGACUAGGUAAAGCUCCGGUGUUUUCGUUUUGUGGCUAAUAAAAUAUGAGCGCGAGUCG